CGUCAGCAUGAGGCUGCCGCGGACCAUGAUGCUCCGUUGCACGUUUUGCAACAAAGUUUUCCAAGGGACCCAAUUUCAGGCCACGAGGCACUUCUCGCAGACAAACUACUGCAAGGACGUCAGCGACGAGGCAUUGUACGAGAUCGCUCGACGGAGUCAACAGAAGUUUGAGGCCGAUCAGAUGGAAAGGGUUGCCAUGUAUGCAGCGGAGCGUGGACUCGAUGUGCCCGGCACGGGUGGCGCAAGGGGAGGAGAGGCGGGGCGGCAUCCCGUGGAGGGAGGGGUCGGGGGAGAUGGUGGGCAUGGUGCGCCAGACCCCACUUUGGGUGGUGGAGGCAGGGAGACGGAGGAGGGUGUGAUCCACGUCGAUCGCGAGGCGCGUGGCCCGGGUGAGGAGGGAGUCCCGGAACGGGAGGACGUUGUCGAGCGCAUCGGUGCCGCGCGGGGACCCUCCCGGCCGCGUCACGCAGGAUUUGGCAGGACUUGUCGUGGAGAGCGUUUGUCGCUCCGGCCGAGUGCGUCAACCGUACCUCUCGUGAGCCCCUACGACAGGACAGGGUCACGCGAGGCACCGCUUACCUCCACCUGUGGGAGCUGUCACCAUCCCUUAGGGGCUCGCGAGAGGUACGGCUGGCGCACUCGGCCGGAGCGGCAAACGGUCUCCGCGACAAGUCCUGCCAAAUCCUGCGUGACGCGGCCAGAAGGGUCCCCGUGCGGGACCGAUGCGCUCGACAACGUGACAGAGUUUUAUCCAGGCACUGGGGAGAGGUUGGAGGACUGGCGGAGGCAAGCGAGCAAGGAAGUUGCAACGGAUGGGUCUUCCAAGAGGAAGGAAGGAGGAAGUGAUCCGGCUGCAACCCCAGCAGGAACGAGGCUUCGCCAGCAGAAGGUGACUGAUGUCUACGGUGGCGAGUGGGUUGCUCACCACAAGAAGGCAUUCCUUCGCUGGCUGUAUUCCAGCAGGGUCUCCUUCAAUGCCUUCCGCAACCAAGCUUGGAAGGCAUAUCAACAGGUGCUUCUUGAGCAGCCUUGCAGUUCCCCACGCGCUGUGCUCCCCAACCACAGCGAGAUUGCGAGUAUGAGGGCGGUGGAGACCCACCGUGCGGAGUUGGAGGAGGAGUUGGAGGAGGUGAGGCAGCCAUUCUCGGUGACUGGUGCCACCCUCCUCUCUGAUGGGAGGAAAUCACGAGACGGGAGACCGAUCGUGAAUUUCCUUGUCGCUGGCUCGCGAGGGGUCGUCGUGUACACGACGAUCAAUCGAGAGGGCGAGGCGGACAAUGCAGUGCAUGUCCUUCGGAGAUGGGUUACCAUCUUCCACAAGUUCAGCUUCGGCAGGCCGCAGCGGAUCAAUGCGAUAUGCACUGACUCCGCUUCUGCCUAUGUGGGGGCUGGAAGGGCAUUGGCCUCGCCGUCCAUGCCUCCUGCACUGAGGAGGAUCACCUGGCUCACGUGCUCUGUCCAUACGUUGUUGGCCCUGCAGGACACUCUGCAGGACAUGAUGCGAGGGGAUGACGCGCAGACUUUUUCUUCCAUCCCGUGGUCUUCCGAUGUGUGCGUCAUGGCGCGUUGGGUGCGCCGACAGAUCAGAUGGGAUAUAUGGUGGCAGAGGGUGGCCACCAUCGUCCAUAUCAUGCAGCCCGUCAUGGAGUUGCUUAGGCGGAUGGAUCGUGGAGGACAGUACAUGUCCCUCAUGAUCGAGUGGAUGCAUGAUCUUGUCCGCCGUGUGAUGGACGCAUGUGCCCCUUUGGGGAAGUCGUUCGCUGACCGGAUCAUCAGGCGUGUGCAGGCUCGCACACAGCACAUGCUUGAGCCGGCUCACUGCGCAGCGUUCUUACUGAACCCCCGCAGGCGACAUGUUCGCUACUUUUUGGGCCAGGUAGAGCGGUACGAUGCUUGGCUUGUGGGGCAAGCCAAGAGGUACAUUUUGACGCAGACGGGAUUCGAGUUGGAGGGUGCGGAGUACAUCCUUGCAUGUCGGCAGUUUGAGAACCUCCACAUUCGGCAGGGCAGGUUCGGGGAUUGGGGCGGGCCGGAGGGGCAUGCUCCGGAGAGAAACUGGGCAGUCCACGAGGGCAUUCACACGAAGAAGCGCAACCAGUUGGCCUUCGAGAAGGUCGUUCAACUCGUUGAGAUCACCGCAAAUGUGCGGUUGACUGAGUAUCGGUGGGCUGGAUGCGGUUAUGUGCUGCCAUGGGAGCGGGACGAGGGCAUGCUGGAUUGCCAGGCAGGACUCGAGUUGGAGCCUGUGCGGUCGGGGACUCGCAUGGGGGAUGACGGAGGAGGAGAUUGCCCGUCAGGUUGCACUCAUUACCGGGGAUCCCUUCGAGGCGUCCGCACACCCUCUGCUGAUGCCAUUUUCGAUAGACGUGCUUGCAUUUUUCGUCCCUACCCCAGGGAGGAUGACUCAGACGAGGCGCCGGUACGCGAGGCGGUAGAUGACCCUGCGCGCCGCAUUCCCCGUGAGAUCGACGAGACGCACGAGGAUCCCGACUCUGAGGAGACGAGGGCACACACUGCACCACGGGCGGCGGACCGGGCGGAGAGGGAGAUGCUGGGGGGAGAGGGGGAGUUUUGGGGCCCGUUCGGAGGAGUUGGGGUCCUCUUUGCCUCAGCGCGGACUUCUCCACAGAGGCGGGGCAGUCCGCCACCUUCUCCGGGGAUAUUGCAGGAGGAGGGGGCACCGUCGGCAGCAGCAGUGGAGGGAAUAGCAACAGCAGCAGCAACAUCAGUGUUGGAGGAGAUGGCAUCAUUAGUGCUGGAGGAGGAUCCACCAACGGAAGGAGGAGGUGCAGCAGUGGAGGGGCAGAUGGCAGCAACAGGAGGAGCAGGUGUUAAGGUGAGAGCAGCAGUGGACGAGGAGGAGGAUCCGUCGGCAGCUGCAGUGGAGGGGGAGGUGCCAGGACCAGUGGAGGAGGAGAUAGCCGCACAGGCCGAGGUGCAGCGUGGGGGCGAUGACGAGCGCCUAAUGCAGCAGUUUCUCACGGAGGAGCUCGAUCCGGUUAUAGCGGGUAUAACCCCGGGUGUGGCGAGGGGGUUUGGGAUUUCGGAUUCGGAGAUGGGGACCCACUUAGACUUAGAUUUGUCGAUGGGCCUUCCACCUAGUUGCGGCGGGGCGACAUCGACAGACCGGGCUCCAUCGAGGGACGAGGCACCAGGACAGACUUUUACACAGACCACGCGAGAGAGGACGACGACUGAGUCUCUUGAUGCAGCACACGACAUCAUUGAGCGAGAGAGGGCUCGAAUUUUGGCAUCGAAUGACUCGCGUGCUCAGGCGUUCGCACGGGCCGUAGAGGAGGUCAGGCGUCGAGAGAUAGGGGGGGAUUGUGUGCAGGGUGGGGUGGUGGCGGGGGAGGACGUUGCGGAGGGAAUGGCAGCAGAGCCGGUACCCGAGGCUAUGCUGGGUGGAGCAGAGGCAACGGACGUUGCUGUGGAGGGACGGCCUCAGGCGGUGGAUGAGGGUGGCGUGACGGAGACAGCACCACGCACAGGAGACAUGCCACCCCCUCCUCCUAGAGCACCUGUAGUUGAUCCAUCAUCGUCGCCCACAGGCAGAGGCUCUCGAUCCCCACACACGCCUGGGAGAUGCAUGGUUCGUGACACGACAACAGUUCAGCAGGACGUGUGUGACAUGGCGAUAUUCAAGAGAACAAACAUAGAUUUGGAUUCCACUCGCCAUGUCACGGAGCACACUACAUGCCUUCAGUCGGGCUUGGGAGGAGGAGGCGCCUGGACGACCGCGGCGAGGGAGGUACCGACAUCAGGUUGUGAGCCUCAGCGAGGUCGAGGCAGAGGAGUGUCGACCGAGACCUUGGAGUACACUCUGAGAGCAGCGACGAGUGCCGUGCAGGAGCAGACUCCACGCAAGCGUGGAGUACCUCCUCGUCCAUGCCCCGUGCCUGUAGAGGGAGGCACUGCACUUGGAGAGAGUUCGGGGGCGGAGGGGUUGGGGGUGCCUCGUGGAUCCUGCCGUGAGCAGACCAUUGCAGAGGCUAGUGCGAGGGUUGUUGUGUUGAGGAAGGGAGGAGGCCCAGUCACCAUCGAGGAGGAUGAUCCUGAUAUGGAUGCGACUGUGCGGAAGGCGGAGGAGGACUAAUAGGGCGAGGAGGGGGGAGAGGAGGAGAGCAGGAGCGGUUCCGAUGGUGACGACGACGACGACUAUGAUGAGCCCCCACCUCCCCCGGGACCCCCACCGACGCGU